AUGUCGGAGAAGCAGGAGCACGAGACCUCCAAGCAUAUCUCGGAUGAAGGCAUCCAGCACGCUUCUUCCAACCCAAGUCAAAAUGAGGCCCAGAUGGUAGAAAGAGACCCCAACCGCAAGUGGUGGCAUGGCAUCAAAGAGCCUGGACAUGCGCUACAAAUCGUGGUAGCGGCCAUCUUGGCCAUUAUCAUCGGCCUGGCUGUUACUACCACCGUUGGCAGCAAGAACAUUCCCCAGGCGGCAACCGUCAUCAUUGGUAUCCCAGGUACACUCUGGUUGCGCGCUCUUAGGGCUGUCGUACUCCCAUUGAUUAUCUGUGCCAUGAUCCUCGCCGUUCAAAAGCUGAGAGAAAUGUCUACCGGCGGCGGUGCUGUGGUUGCGAAAUGGGCGGUUGGAUAUUACGUGCUUACCACCCUGCUUGCCAUUCUGCACUCGACCAUUGCCGUGGCCGUCGGUUGGAUUCGUCUUAUGCAAGUCAUGAGAGAAGAAGAUCGCGAGGUCACCGACGAGGACGACAAGAAGAUGAUCGAGGAGAGAAGUGCCACCAAGAUUCACGAUGUUGUGAAGCAGAUGUUUGAGUCCUUCAUUCCUCAGAAUAUCUUCAGUUCGCUGGCCAACGAUGGUCUCCUGGCCAUCCUCAUCACCUCCGUCAUCGUUGGAUAUCUUCUCAAGCCAAACUCGCCAAUCCUCAAGGUCGUCAAGGAGAUUGAGGAGAUCAUUACAAUUAUCAUCGCCUGGCUGAUCAAGGUUGCGCCCAUCGGUGUCUUCUUCCUCAUCUUGCCCAACCUCUUCAGGCUCGACAUCGCCAGUAUCGCCCAGAACUUGGGUGUCCUGAUCGGCUCUUCGCUGGUCGGCAUGUUCGUCCACUUGUUCAUCGUCUUGCCCAUCAUCUUUUUCUUGGUCCUCCGCCGCAACCCCUAUGCAUACUGGAUGAGACAGUCGCCCGCCUGGAUUACUGCCUGGGGCACCGCUUCCAGCGCUGCGACACUCCCUGUGACCAUGAAAUGCGCGAAGCGCAACGGUAUUCCCGACAGUCUUGCCAAGUUCACGUUGCCUCUGGGCUGCUUGAUCAACAUGGAUGGUACUGCCAUUUACUUCCCCGCUGUCGUCGUCUUCCUUGCCGCCACUCAAGGCCACGAGCUUAGCGGCGCCGAUUAUGUCAUCAUUGUCCUUCUCUCGACUCUUGCUUCGAUCGGAACCACGCCUAUCCCCAGCUCCUCUCUUGUCCUUACCGUCAUGAUUGCCACCAGCGUCAACGUCGAGAUUACUGGCAUGUACGCCGUCGUUGUCGCCAUCGAUUGGUUCAUUGACCGCUUCAGAACCGCCGUCAACGUCAGCGGUGAUCUGUUCGCUGCUCCCAUCAUCCAGAAGCUCGCCAAGAUCGAGGACGAUGGUGUUGUUUCGGAAGAGGAGGGUGUUAUCGUCGCUGACCACAACGACCGCGUGUAG